CUAAUACAAUUAAAAAUGAUUUAGAUAAAUAUUAUAGUAAAACACAACAACAAAUUAAGCAAGAAUUACAAUUAUUAGCAAUUAUAUGUGACAAUGCAGCUAAUAUGGAUAAAAUGCUUAAAUAUAUUGAAAUUGAAGUAAAUAAUCAAAAUAUUAAUUUUGAUUUGGAAAAUCAACAU